AUGCGGAUUUACAGACGUCGAAAUGAAAGAUAUGCUCGACAGUGUGUUCGUGAGGUCGACAGACACGGCGGCGAAGGUGUAAUGAUGUGGGCAGGCAUAUCAGUGAAUGACAGAACAGAGCUGGUGCAUGUCCAAGGGAAUUUGAAUGCUGUGCGCUAUCGUGAUGAAAUCCUGGCUCUCUCUGGUCCCUGUUUUAUGAUGUCAUGUCCAGUAACCACCAGGUGUCAAGUAGAUCGACAUGGCCGUGCAACAUGUGUUCCAGAGUUUCCAGGCUGCGGCCAUCCUCCUGAUGUACCCGGGACCAGCAUGACCUAUGACGGACACUACCAGGGUGCUGUGGUAAGAUACACCUGUAAGGAAGACUUCACUGUCUGUCAUCAGAGAAACACCAGUGUCUGUCAAGCCUCUGGCCAAUGGGAGACUGUGGCUAAUAUCUGUGGAAAGUUCAGGUGGAGGAACCCAAAAGUGAACCAGGAGUAUGAUCUGCCGUGUGGGCCACAAAGCAAUUUCAGUGUUUACCUCCUGGCUACUCCAACCACAGAUAAGAGGUAA